AUGAUUAAAGAACCAAUAAAUGGUUAUUGUAGUAAUGUUACAGGUAUUGGUAGUAGUCAAGUUUUAAUAAAGGGGAAUACAUGUGAUGAUGCAUUUGAUUGUAGUUGUAUUGAUGGUGAAUGUCAUCAAAGUGAUUUAUUACCAAUGCAAAUUUCAAAUAUUGUAAAUCCAUUAGUUAAUUUUUUACAUUCCAAUGGUUGUAAAUUAAUUGUAAAUAAUUCAUAUUCAUUAAAUUCAUGUGCUUCAAGAAAUUGUGCUAAUGAAAUGUGUAAAUAUUUAAAAGCAUCAUAUGAUAUAAAUUCAAUUGAUAAUAGUAAUAAUCCAUUACAAUGUGGUAAUACUGAAUUCAUCAUUAAUUAUUGUAAUUCAGUUGGUUCUUCAAGUUCUUCAUCAAUUUUUAAUAAUUAUAAUCAUAAAUUUAAAUUAAUAAUAACAAUAAUAAUAAUAAUAAUAAUAAUAUUUUCAUUUUUGUAA